CCCCCUUCCACAUCAUACUACUAACUCCACCGAAGAGAAAUAGUCUAGAGAGAGAGAGAGAGAGAGAGAGUGUGUGUGUGUUUGGGGAGGGGAAAAUCUUGAUUGAAAAUCAAUCUUUAAUCUAGGAGAUUAACAUAGAAAGAAGAGCGUGACAACGGUCUCUUUUCAUAUUGGUCUUCACGAUCAAUGUUUUUCUGUUCAUUCUUUUUCUGUUGAUAGAUAUCAAACAUAUCUAUCUAUCUAUCUAUACACGUAUUGUUGCAUGCAAAUUUUUCACUUGAAAAACGAUGGAUAACGUGAAGAGGAAAAGAGUAAAGCAGACGUGAAUCUGAGCUCUCCCUUUUGGGCAUAAACAGGAAUGGCGGACGAUCUCUGUUUCUGGGCCAAGGACAGCUUGAUUGUGAAACAUCCUAAGAAAAAUCCUCUGGUAUUGAGGAUGCUGGUUUUGAUGUUUGUGAUGGUGUGUGGAGUAUACAUAUGUGCAGUCUGUCUUAAGCAAAUUGGCGGGCAUGCGACUGUGCGGUUGUUGAGUUUUCCGGUGGCUGCGAGACCUUGUGUUGCAACAGACAUUGAGCCUUCUGACAAGCCCUAUAUACAUUUCCCCAAACCAGAGACUUUUAGCAGGGAAGAAUGUGCAUGCAAUCCUGUUCGGUACUUCGCAAUAUUGUCCACACAGAGGUCUGGGAGUGGAUGGUUUGAGACGUUGCUGAACAGUCAUACGAACAUUAGCUCCAAUGGAGAGAUUUUCUCAGUUAAAGUUCGAAGAAGUAACAUAUCCACAAUCGUGGAAACAUUGGAUAAGAUUUAUAAUCUAGAUUGGCUUACAAGUGCCUCAAAAAAUGAGUGUACAGCUGCCGUUGGAUUGAAAUGGAUGCUUAACCAGGGAUUAAUGCAACAUCAUGAAGAAAUAGUGGAAUACUUCAACUCUAAAGGUGUUUCAGCGAUUUUUCUUUUUAGAAAGAAUCUGCUGCGUCGUAUGAUUUCCAUCCUAGCAAAUUCUUUCGACCAGAGCGCCAAGCUACUGAAUGGGACUCACAAAUCUCAUGUACACUCAACCCAUGAGGCUGAGAUACUUGCCAGUUACAAGCCAGUUGUUAAUACGAGUUUGCUUAUACCUAACCUGAGGCAAGUGGAAGAUCUCGUUAACAAGUCCAUGGAAUAUUUUAAGAGCACCCGCCAUAUUAUCCUCUACUACGAGGAUAUAAUAAACAAUCGAACUAAAUUAGUCGACGUUCAGAAUUUCCUGAGGGUUCCUCUUCAAGCGCUGAGUAGCCGGCAGGUGAAGAUACACAAAGGAUCCUUGUCUUCACAGGUCGAAAAUUGGGGAGACAUCGAGAAGACGCUCAAGGGAACACAUUAUCAAAGUUAUUUACAUGAAGAUUACAAGUUGUAGGAUGCUGAUGUCUGUAUAUAUAUAUUGAUUCUUUAGGUUACCUUAUUUAUUCAUUGAUUCUUUUCAACAGCAUAAGCUAACAGGCAUUUUGCCCCUGUUGGAAUUUUGAUAGCAUAGUUUUACAGGACAUUUUAUGAAUGUGUUGUCUGUGUGUUUGUUUUAUUUUUACUUUUACUUUUGGUAAGCAAGGUGGAAUAUUGUUUCUAACAGAGAGUCCAAGACUAAUUUUCAAUA